AUGUUAGUUUACUUACUACAAGUAUUAUUUGCUGCAAUACGCACAGUUUCACGAUCAGCUUUAAAUAUAAUGUUAUAUUCUUUCUUAUCGCGUAUUUUUAAAUUGUUUGGUUUUAAUAGUUUAAUAACGUUUUUUUGUUCGGCUUAUUGUUUAUCAAAAGUUACUAAUUCUUUUCAACGUUUAUGGUUAAAUGCACGUUUAAAUAAUAAAAAACCAGAAGAAAAAAUUACACCUAAUGAACUUAUAUGGGAAUCACCAACGACGAUAGUAAUGAAUGAAGGAACAGAUAAUCAAGAUAAAUUUGAAACUGAUUGGAAAUAUUUACUUGAUGAUGAUGCCAAAAAUAUGUUUCCAUCCAUUGUUGAUAUUCCAUUUAAAAAUGGUUGGUUAUUUUUUGCAACAUUAUAUGCAAUUGAUUAUCAAAUGAAUAGUUUAAAUUAUUCUUAUGCAAUGUCUGUAAUUCGUACAAUUGGCUUUUUAAUUAUAUUAAUAUGUGGUGCAUCUGUACGAUAUCAAACAUUAUAUGAACGUGAAAAAAAGAAAUAUUUUGAUUUUAUGAUUAAAAAUCGUGAUGAAAUCGAACGUUAUAUUGUCUAUUCAAAAAAUAAUACAAAACCUGUUGCAUCAAUUUGUUUACAAAGAAUAAAUGAAUCUGAAACAAUAAUAUUAUAUAUGGUACAAUUAUUUCAAUUAAAUUCGAAAUUUAAUGAUUAUAUUUAUGAUAUAGAAAAUUAUAUUUGUCAAAAAUUAUUUGAACAAAUUAAAACAUCUGCAGAUGAAAAUAAAAAAUCUUUUCGUAUUAUUUGGUCGAUUCCAACAUGUAAACAAAAUUGGAAAUUUGCAAUAACAGCAAAUAAAUUUAUUUUAAGAAAUACAUAUAAAGAUUUUUCAUUUAUGCCAUUAGUUAAUUCAUAUAUUGAACAAUAUGAAUAUGCUUAUGACUAUAAAGAUUUAUUAUCAUCAGAAAAUAUUAUUGAUGAUAAAAUUAAAAAUGAAUAA